AUGUUUCUUUCAGUUACUGAAGAUCUUGUUAGAAGACGUGCAGAACAUAACAACUGUGAAAUUUUUUCACUGGAAGAGAUCUCUUUACAUCAGCAGGAAAUAGAAAAACUAGAGUAUCUUGACAAAUGGUGUCGAGAUUUAAAAAUUCUCUAUCUUCAGAAUAAUCUAAUUCCCAAAAUCGAAAAUGUGGGCAAACUAAAGAAGCUGGAAUAUUUAAAUGUAGCUUUGAACAACAUUGAAAGGAUUGAAAACCUGGAAGGUUGUGAAGAACUGAAGAAACUUGACCUGACAGCAAAUUUCAUUGGUGAACUCUCCAGUAUUGAAGCCCUAAAAUAUAAUAUACAUCUGAAGGAAUUGUUUCUAGUGGGUAACCCAUGUACUGAAUUUGAAGGUUACAGGGAAUUUGUAGUGGCAACUCUUCACCAGUUAAAAUUUUUGGAUAGUAAAGAAAUAGAACGUUCAGAGAGGAUUCAAGCACUUCAAAACUAUCCAGAAGUGAAACAGAAAAUCAGAGAACAGGAACAAGUUUACCUUCUCAAAAGGACCAGAGAAAAAGAAGAAACUCAAAGAAGGAUGCAAGAAAAAAAGGACAAGAAACAAAAACAAGUGGAAUCUGAGCUUGAAUGUAACAGCCCAGACUCCCUACAGGACAAAGAAAAGCAUCAGGAAGAAGGAGAUGGAAAGCAAGAAACGUGGAGAACAGCUGAAGAUGAUGAAGAAGACAGAAGGUUUUGGGAGGAGCCUACACCAUAUACUCCAGAAUCUAGAUUAGAAACUCACAGAUAUAUUGAACAAAAACGGAGAGCUAAAGAUGAUAUAAGGGAAUCAAAAAAGAGAGAGAAACCUCUUCGGACACUGAUCACUGCAGAAGGAAAAGUUCUGAAUGUGAAUGUUCCUAAGCUUUAUUUCUCUUUGAAAGACGAUGAAGAAAAUAACCAGAUCGUCUUGGAUCUUGCUGUUUACAGACAUUUGGACAGUUCGCUGCUUGACGUUGAUGUCCAGCCAACUUACAUACGAGUACUGGUGAAGGGAAAGCCAUUUCAGUUGGUGCUCCCUGAGGAAGUGAAGCCAGACAGCAGCUCUGCUAAAAGAUCACAAACAACUGGUCAUUUAGUUGUCAGCAUGCCAAAGGCUAAAGAAGUAAUCUUGGAUAAGCAAAAAGUCUCAACUUAAACAUUCUAACUACAAUACACUGGAAAAAAAUACAAGAAGGUAAUUCCUUUUUUCUUCUGCAUUAGUUUUACUUUUUGUCUGUGUGUUAUUCAUCUCCCAGAAUAUAUGCUUCUUAUUAUGUUAUUGUUGAAAGCAUGAAAUUAUUGCUUUGUGUAGAGAAAAACUAUGUCUAAAAUCUUUAGACUAAUAGCCUGUCUGGUGCCGUUUAUCAAGUGGUCUGCUCCAACAGCAAAGCCAAAAAAGCACUUACUUCUGCCCAUCAGUUUUGUUCCGUCAGCUCAUUCAUAUUAUUAAACUGGUAUAUACUAAAACUAAAUCACCUACUGAGAAUUGCCUCUGUAGAGCUCCUUCCUAUGUAACCCAAGUCUGAAAACCAUUUAGAAAGCAAUGAUUUUGAAAAUCUCUCAUGAAUGCGUUUUCUUGCUUGUAUAUAGGUUGAGCUGCUGCACUAAUAAAUAGGUUCAAAAGGAAAUUCUGUGAGGUUUUAUAACAUAUAUCCAGUCUAUUAAAAGUGAUGUAAACUCCAGUUCUUGAAAUCUUGUAGUUAAUGAUUGCCAGAAGCAAACAAAUAUUAGUGAUGCGUUAUUUUUUGUUUUUAGUCUUAGUGUUACUAGCUAUUGUGGUAGAUAGACACUAGGGCUGAUGGACACUUGGCCUAAAUACAAAUACUAUGAUGUAUCUUUUAAUCUUUCCUUUUCCUCUUGCAAUAGUCAAUGGUAUUUAUACCAAUGUAGUAACAAUAAAGUUUGUUUAUUUUUCUCUGUUUAUAUUUCAAGUGCUGCAUUUGUUUCUGUGUUUGAUUUCAUUGUGGUGAAUGUUGAUGUAAUGUUAGUGAAAAUAUAGCAUUAUGGAUUGUGUGCAUUCUUGGUCUCAAUAUUUAGAACACUGGCAAAAUGGCUCUGCAGGAGUCAGUUGUCAUUAAUUCUGUGCUUUAUUUCUUAUUUUAAAAAUACUAAUUUUAAUAAUCUUAAUUUUUAUAAAUGUCAGUCAUGACUUCUUUUCUUGAACAACCUGCAUGAUGAGGACAUGAUAGGGCAACUCUAAGAACUUGUUGAGAUUCCUAAUGAGCCACAAGCACUGCACCCUUUGCUUAGACAACAGUAAUUGUACCAGUGCACCGUCUUGAUUACUGAGUAUUUCAAAUAUUUUUAAAAGGUUCAAAGCAAACAUUGGAUGCUUAAUCUCCAUGAUAUUUGAAAAGUCAUAGCAGUCAGGUGAAAUCCCCAUGACUGGAAAAAGGGAAACAUUGCACUCAUUCUUAAAAGGUUUUAGAAAGGAGGACCCUGGGUACUACAAACCUGUCAGACUUACUGCUGUGCCUGGGAAGAUCAUGGAACAGAUUCUCCUAGAAGCUGUGCUAAGGCACAUGGAGCACAGGGAGGUGAUUUGAGACAGCUGGCAUGGCUUCACCAAGGGCAAGCCUAGCUGGCUGACCAACCUAGUGGCCUUCUAUGAUGGAGUGAGUACAUCAGUGGACAAGGGAAAUGCUAAGGUUGUUGUCUAUCUGGACUUCUGUAAGGCCUUUGCCACUGUGCCCCGCAACAUUCUUCUCUCUAAAUUAGAGAGAGAUGGCUUUGAUGGGUGAACUCUUUGGUGGGUAAGGAAUUGGCUAGAUGGUCACAUCCAGGGGUAGUAGUUAAUGGCUCAGUGUGCGGAUAGAGGUCAGUGACAAGUGCUGCCCUCUGUACUGGUCCCAGUACUGUUUAAUAUCUUCAUCAUUGACAUAGUGGGAUCAAGUGCACCCUCAGCUAGUUUGGCAAUGACACACCAAGCUGAGUGGUGCAGAUGACAUGCUGGAGAGAAGGGAUGCCGUCCAGAGGGACCUGGACAAGCUUGAGAGGCGGGCCUGUGCAAACCUCAUGAAGUUCAACAAGGCCAAGUGCAUUGUCCUGUACAUGGCUCAGGGCAACCCCUGGUAUCAAUACAGGCAUUGGGAGAUGAAAGGAUUGAGAGCAACCCUGCAGAGAAGGACAUGGGGGUACAGGUGGAUGAAAAUCUCGGCAUGGCCUGGUAGUGUGUGACUGCAGCCCAGAAAGACAACCAGAUCCUGGGCUGCAUCAAAAGCUGAGCGUGGUGAUUCUCACCCUCUACUCCCCUCUGGUGAUAGCCCACCUAGAGUACUGCAUCCAGCUCUGGAGUCCUCAGUACAGGAAAGACAUGAAGCUGUUGGAGCAGGCCCAGAGGACAAAAAUCAUCGGAGGGAUACAAUACCUUCCCUAUGAGGAAAGGCUGAGAGAGCUGGGGUUGCUCAGCCUGGAAAGAGAAGGCUCCAAGGAGAUCUUAUUGUGACCUUUCCUACUAAAAGAGAGCUUAUAAGGAAGAAGGAAACAGACCUUUUUAAUAGGGCCUGUAACGAUAGGACAAGGGGUAAUGGUUUUAACCUGACAAAGGGUAGAUUGAGACUGGAUAUAAAGAAGAAAUUCUUUAUGACGCAGGUGGUGAAACAUGGGAACAAGUUGCCCAGAGGGGUGGUAGAUGCCCCAUCCCUGGAAACAUUCAAGGUCAGGCUGGACAGAGCUCUGAGCAACCUGAUCUAGUGAAGAUGUCCCUGCUCUUUGCAGGUGGGUUGGGACUAGAUGACCUUUAAAGGUCCCUUCCAACCCAAACUAUUCUAUGAUUCUAUUCUAUGAUUCUACUUUGCAAAAGGAAUGGUUCUUUCCCACAGAAUUACAGCUAAAGGUUUAGAUAUAUUAAAAGAAAUCAGUUUGAAAAAUUCUUAAAUUUUUUCCAGGAGAAAUAUAG